AGGAACACUUCGAAGAUUCUAGCCAAAAUUGAUUUAUGCAUCCGUACUGUUGCAAUGGCCUCUGUUAAUUAACAGCCGAGUAGAUUUCAAUUGAAAACAUAUAUUUUUUUAAUUUCCAUUUUAUUUCAUCAACCAAACGGUAAGGGAAUUAGGGUUUCAAAUCUGGCUUGGGUGGUUAGAGAUUGAGGUCAGAUCUUCUCCAUUUUUCUUUCAAUUCAUGUCAUUGUAGUUGUAUCAGGUUUAGACACUGUCAAAGAAUUUCAUAAAGAUUAAUGAAAACAGUUUAGAGGCAAUGUUGCCGUCCAGGUUUUCUUUGUUUGGAGGUGGGGGAUCUGAUAAAGGUAAUUCUGAAGAAGGUGAUAAAAAGGGAUUGAAUCCGACACUAAAACUGCAGACAGAUAGAGAUGUAUAUAGACCUGGAGAUUCUGUUUAUGUUACAAUUGAGAUCUGCAAUCCUCUUACCAGUGACUAUUCUGGUAGUGUUGUACCUUCUCUUUUGAUUGAAAAGCUUGGCUUCGAAGUCAAAGGGAUUGAGAAGUUGGACACUCAAUGGUUUGCCACCCAAAAACCAUUGUCAGGAACAAAGCAAAGGAGAGGUGAACAUGUUUUUUUGGACUGUUCAACACAAUCAAUCAUUGCGAAUCAGAUUGUGCCAUCUGGCUCUGCAAAAACUUAUCUGGUACGGGCUGUGCUUCCUAGCGUCAUACCACCAUCUUACAAGGGUUCUACCAUUCGUUAUUUAUAUUAUAUAAAGAGUACAAUGUUUGUUCGAUGGCUGAUACUGGAAAAUGGUCACUCCGGCAAGGAUUCAGUAGAAGAUCUUACUGAAGUGGAGGCUCGUGUCCCUUUGCAAGUAUGGGUAACUCAGAAAGGAAAUGGUUUGGGGAUGGAAGAUGGUCAAAGUGAUGUUAUUGUUCCUGCUACAACAAUCCAAACGGAUAUAUACUGGAAAGAGAUUGAUGGAGAUUCAGAAUGGGCUAGAGUGAGUGACCUGUAUGACAGUAUUGAGGAAGGGUAUGAGAGCUCAAGGGAUGAAAUAUCUUCUGUUUCAUCCUUUAAUCCUUCAAAGGAACAUAUUUAUAAAACCUUGAGUUCCCUAUCGUUGCAAUCGUCAGCAGCCAGAUCUUCAAAUAGAGAUGGUCCGUAUCAUGAUGGAGACCAUUUGAGUUUAUCUUCAAAUGUAGGGCUUUCACGGUUAUCAAUAGCAGAGGUCUUACAAGAUUCUAGUGAUGACAUAUCAUCAGCCAUAUCUCCAAGACAGAAGCGCGCUUCCACAAAAUCACUAGCUGGAAAUGAGAUAACUGGAGUACCUUCUGCAGCCAGCCCAGGAGCUACUGAACCUUUAGCAUCAGAAGGCUUUAUUCGAGGAAGGUCAUAUAAUAUCAGGAUGGACGACCAAGUUUUGCUAAGAUUUUCCCCUAAGAACUCUGAGUCCACUUAUUACUUCAGUGAUAUGAUAGGCGGGACUCUCACUUUCUUUCAUGAAGAAGGUGCUAGAAGAUGCCUUGAGGUUUCAGUCACGCUGGAAACUUCUGAGACAAUAAGUCGCCGUUUUGUUCAUCCUUCUAGAAGGAAUUCCCCAACAAUUACCAAGGUCCAGAGUGAUCAUCAUGAGGUUGUUGCUGAUUUGAUACAGACAAGUUUUCUUUUUUCUAUUCCCAUGGAUGGUCCCAUGUCGUUUUCCACUUCUCAUGUCUUGGUGCAGUGGGUUCUAAGAUUUGAAUUCUUCACUACUCCCAAGAAUGUAGACUGGACAAGAUAUGAGCAUCCUCUUUUAAUAGAAGGAAGAGACAGAUGCGAAUGGGUUCUUCCCAUAAUAGUGCAUGCACCUCCAGCCGGAGCUCCAGCUGUUGUCCGUUCACGGGGUGAGAGACCUCUUUCCUUGGAACCCAUGUGGAUUCAUAGUUGAAGGUAAACUUGUUUCGUCUCUGUUAGUGGCUGCAUUUCUGUAGUUAAGAUAUAUCCAAGACAGCAACAUCAAAUGCGGGUAUUCGCUGUAUAAGAUUUACCAUCUCAACGACACGAGUCUUACAUAAUGAUUCAUCGGAAGUUCUCCGGGAGUUUUGAACUCAGUUUCUCAUUUUUUUUCAGUAAUCGCUGUAUAAGAUGAUGAUAUUCGGGUUUUUUCGCUCGAAAUUGCAUUGU